CACAACAAUUGAGUAAAGCAAAAUUAUUUUUUGUAUGUAUGUAUGCAUUUGAAUGAAGAAGAGUUGUAGAAAUUCGUUUUAUAAUGGAGAAUGUUGUUAUUGUUAUGGAAAUAAGUAAAUCAAUUUGUAUAUUUAAUUCGACGAAUUGGGUGGAUCUCAAUGAUACCCAAUGUCGAUUCCUACGACAAUUCUUCUUCCUCCCUGGCCUUUUCAGUCAUUCAAAAAAAUCAUUUUUUCUUGAUGAAAUCCUCUUUUCUCUUUGAGUAAAAACCUUUUCUUCUUCUUCGUCGUCGUUGUUGUCGUUGUGUUUUGUUUUUGUUCAACAAAAAUGAUUUCUGGGGCUGGAAUUGGAAAUUGGGGUAAUGAGACAUACAAUUUGCAAGAUGACUAUGUUGAGAAAGAUCCUAAUGGACGAUAUGUUAGGUAUAAUGAGGUAUUGGGAAAGGGAGCAUUCAAAACUGUUUACAAGGCAUUUGAUGUAGUUGAAGGUAUUGAAGUUGCAUGGAGUCGCGUAAAAAUGGAGGACGUGCAGCCACCAGAAAGUUUGGAAAAAUUGUAUUCAGAGGUUGAUCUUCUAAGACAAUUGAAACAUGAAAACGUAAUGCAGUUAUACGAUUCGUGGAUCGAUCACAAGAAGAAGACAGUUAACAUGAUUACUGAGCUCUUCACGUCUGGGAAUCUGAGGCAAUACAGUAACAAGUAUAAAAGUGUUGAUAUGAAGGCUAUAAAGAAUUGGGCAAGACAGAUUCUUCAAGGUUUAGAGUAUCUCCAUAGUCAGAAUCCACCUAUCAUUCAUCGAGAUUUGAAAUGCGAUAAUAUUUUUGUUAAUGGAAAUCAUGGGGAAAUCAAGAUUGGUGAUCUUGGAUUGGCAACUAUUAUGAACCAACCAACUGCUAAGAGUGUUAUUGGGACUCCUGAAUUCAUGGCUCCCGAGCUGUACGAAGAAGAGUAUAAUGAACUAAUAGAUAUAUAUUCCUUCGGAAUGUGUAUGUUGGAAAUGAUAACUUUUGAGUACCCUUACAGCGAGUGCAAGAACUCUGCUCAAAUUUAUAAGAAAGUUAGCUCGGGCGUUAAACCUGCUUCCCUCAGUAAAGUUAUCGAUCCUCAAGUCAAAGCAUUCAUUGGAAAAUGUUUGGUUGCAGCAUCUGAGAGAUUGUCAGCCAGGGACCUCCUGAAAGAUUCGUUUCUUCAAGUCGAAAACUUGAAGGACUCAGUCGAUAAUCAAACUCAGUUACCCAAGCAAAGUCCUGGAUCGUUGAGUUUAUCGAAGCCAUUAACUCAUCCGAUGGAUAUGGAUUUCGAGUCUAACCAAUCUACAUAUACAGAUUCUAGUUACGGAAGCCCUAGCAUUCCAGGUUUGGAAUUCCAAAGAUGUCAUCAGAAUAACGAAUUCAAAUUAAUGGGGAAGAAGAAUGACGACAACUCAAUUUCAUUGACUUUGCGGAUCAGAGAUCCUGCUGGUAGUGUAAGAAAUAUACAUUUCAUUUUCUAUCUUGAAACUGACACUGCACCAUUAGUUGCUGCUGAGAUGGUUGAACACUUGCAGCUAUCUGAUCAUGAUGUAGCUUUUAUCGCUGACUUUAUUGAUCACCUAAUAAUGAAGAUAUUUCCAGCUUGGAAUCCGUCUUCUGGUGACCACCAUUCGAGUGGAGGGAGAAAUCCAAGCAAACAACCUCAUGAAAACUUGAACUUGUCUUCAAAUUCGUGGCAAACAGACGUGAGUGGUUGCCCGUACAAGUCCAUAGGUCAACAAGGUGUUAUUUCUGACUUUAACGUGGUUGGUGCUCAAAGUGAUGUGAAUUCAGAUGACGCUUCUCAUCAUGUUACAUUUGCUUCCCCAUCGCGCUAUGGAAAAUCUCAACAAUCAGUAGUUUCGAGAGUAAUGGCUGAAGAUGCUACUGUAUGGUCUGAUGAUCAUAUUAAUGAUGGAUUUCCUAGAAGUUGUAGUACAAACAUCUCGGAGAUGGAUUUUAGGUACUUGUUUCACGAUGAAUGGACAACACAGGAAAACAACAGUGAUGUUGCAGAACGCGUGCCAUCAAAUGAAUAUGGAAAGGAUUCAGAAAUAAUGACUUAUUCAGAUAUCGACAAAAUUUCAAGAGGUAUGAGUUUGUCAAGUGGUUCUUUCUCUACUAUGGUCGAGAAAGAUGAGGAUACUGAGCUAAAAUUGGAGAUGAAAGCGAUUGAUUUGCAAUAUCAGCAGUGGUUUCAAGAACUCUCGACAAUGAAGGAAGAGGAACUGGAAAACUGCAGGAAGAGAUGGAAGACUAAGAAAGUUGGCAAGCAACUGAUCAAGACUGGAUGCGUUGCCAACUUUCUUCAAAUAUCCGAGUUUGUCUUGUAGAAUAAUGAAGGCUAGCUAGUAUUCGUUCUUCUUCUUUUCCUACGCUUAACUCUAUAUAGCUUCGAUCCUUGAAGGAUCUUCUGGUCUCAUUCUAUACGCGGAUAUUAUGGUAGGUGGAAAUCAUACUAUAAGUUGUGUACAUUGUUGUAUAGCUCUCUUUGUUUCUACCUUGGCUCUGUUCUGUGGCCACAUUUGGUCUGAGUGUGCCUUUUAGUUCUAAUCUCUUGCUAGUUGUAAAAGAGGCAAGUGGCUUGUGAGAUUACAUCUAUGUAGCCUACAACAACAACAACAACAUAUCCCAGGGUUUGGGGAGGGUAAAGUGUGUGUAGACUUUACAGUGAUAAGGUCUCUCAACUCAUUUAUAUCUAUGUAGUCUAAUGAGUUAUAUGCGUUUUAUGUAAAUAAUGUCAUUGUGGGGUCA